AUGUCAUCGUUGACAGAUCUCUUUUGCGCAGCCAACAGACAGCGCUGCAUUGCGUUGUUAAAGCAAGGGACGCCACUAAGACCCAAGCCGAAGAAGUUCGUAGAAUCGUCUGUCAUCAUCCCACUUUGUUAUUAUGACAACGAACCCGCCAUCCUCUACACGAAGCGCACCAUGCGUGUUCGUCAUUCUCCCGGUGAUGUCAGCUUUCCCGGUGGAAGAAUGGAUCCUGGCGAGACACCAAUUGCCGCCGCGUUGCGAGAAUUGGAAGAGGAGGUUGGAAUUCCGUGCAGCUUCGUCGACGUCUGGACCACCUUCGCUCCAUGCCCCACGAGGUCAAAACUGAUCUUAAUUCACCCAGUUGUGGGGUUCUGUGGCUACUACAACUCACAGACGCAGAUGCUUUCUCGUGACCCAGGCAACGGCGGUCCACAUACGCGCCUGAAGCCAAGUGACUACGAGGUAGACGCUGUGAUCUUCAGGUCUGUGGAGUGGCUCUCUCGGCCUAGGAAUCGAAACUACUGCCUCUUUCGCGAGAACCCCUUGCUCCCCUUUACCGGAGUCACAUCCUUCCUCGGCAACCCGAACGCCUGCCACCUUCGACACCAUGGUGGUGCGGUCCACGCCACACCGGUGUUCGGAUGGCCUCCGGGCAUCUGUGAAUGCCCGAAGAUUUCCGGUGUCACGGCUAUACUGACGUAUCAAUUUUUGUCUUGCCUCCUUCCUGAAGGCCUUCCGAAACACCCUUUCAUUCCUGACCCAUUCACCCCACAUUUUUAG